CUCUGCGCUUGUCAUCAUGGCGACGCGGGGCCAUGUGCAGGACCCUAACGACCGGCGCCUCCGGCCCAUCUACGAUUAUCUUGAUAAUGGCAAUAAUAAGAUGGCAAUUCAACAAGCCGACAAACUGCUGAAAAAACACAAAGAUCUUCACUGUGCGAAGGUAUUAAAAGCGAUUGGGUUACAGAGGACUGGGAAACAGGAUGACGCCUUCGCCCUGGCACGAGAAGUCGCCGCCCUCGAGCCCACCGAUGACAAUUCCCUGCAGGCGCUGACCAUCCUUUAUCGGGAGAUGCACAGACCGGAACUGGUCACCAAGCUUUACGAGGCCGCUGUGAAGAAGGUCCCCAACAGCGAGGAGUACCACUCCCACCUCUUCAUGGCCUAUGCUCGAGUUGGGGAGUACAAGAAGAUGCAGCAGGCUGGAAUGGCACUUUAUAAGAUUGUACCAAAAAACCCUUAUUACUUCUGGUCUGUCAUGAGUUUAAUUAUGCAAUCCAUAUCAGCACAGGAUGAGAACCUCUCCAAAACCAUGUUUUUGCCCCUUGCUGAGAGAAUGGUGGAGAAGAUGGUGAAGGAGGACAAGAUCGAAGCUGAGGCUGAAGUUGAGCUUUAUUACAUGAUCCUGGAGCGCUUGGGAAAGUACCAGGAAGCCCUGGAUGUCAUCAGAGGCAAGCUAGGAGAGAAGCUGACCAGUGAGCUCCAGAGCAGAGAAAACAAGUGUAUGGCCAUGUACAAGAAGCUGAGCCGGUGGCCGGAGUGCAACGCACUGUCCAGGAGGCUUUUGUUAAAGAACUCAGAUGACUGGCAGUUCUAUCUGACUUACUUUGACUCUGUCUUUCAACUCAUCGAGGAAGCCUGGACCCCUCCUGCAGAAGGAGAACACUCUCUGGAAGGAGAAGUUCAUUAUUCCGCAGAAGAAGCCAUCAGGUUCAUUGAAGAGAGGAUCCUGGAGGAGUCAAAGAGCUCCCGGCACCUUCGGGGUCCGUACCUGGCCAAGCUGGAGCUCAUCCGACGCCUGCGGCAUCAGGGCUGUAAUGAUGAGCACAAGCUGGGUGAUCCAGAAGAGUUAAUGUUUCAAUAUUUCAAAAAAUUUGGAGACAAGCCUUGUUGUUUCACUGACCUGAAGGUGUUUAUUGACCUUCUGCCUGCCUCGCAGUGUACAAAGUUCAUCAAUCAGCUCCUGGGAGAGGUGCCCCUGUCCACCCCCACAGAAGAUAAGCUGGCCCUGCCCGCUGACAUCAAGGGCCUGCAGCAGCACCUGUGUGUGGUGCAGCUGAUGCGCCUCCUGGGCCUGUACCACGGCAUAGACAAGGAUCAGAAGCUGAGGGUGGUCCGGGAGCUGAUGCUGAGAUACCAGCACGGCCUGGAAUUUGGAAAAUCCUGUUUAAAAACAGAGCUUCAGUUUUCAGACUAUUACUGCCUCCUUGCCGUGCACGUGCUCAUUGACAUGUGGCUGGAAGCAGGUGAAGAGAGGGCUGUGUGGCAGGCCCUAACAUUGCUAGAAGAAGGUUUGACCCACAGUCCUUCCAAUGCCCAGUUCAAACUGCUGCUCGUCCGAAUCUACUGCCUGCUCGGGGCAUUUGAGCCCGUGGUGGACCUGUACUCCAGCCUCGAUGCUAAACAUAUCCAGCAUGACACCAUCGGCUAUCUUCUGACCCGCUACGCAGAGCCUCUAGGUCAAUAUGCUGCUGCCUCCCAGGCCUGUAACUUUGCACUCAGGUUUUUCCACUCCAACCAGAAAGAUACCUCAGAAUAUAUUAUUCAAGCCUACAAAUAUGGUGCGUUUGAGAAGAUCCCAGAGUUCAUCGCUUUUAGGAACAGGCUGAACAACUCUCUGCACUUUGCCCAAGUGCGCACAGAACGGAUGUUGCUGGACCUGCUGCUUGAAGCCAACAUAUCGACCAGCUUAGAAGAAAGCAUCAAGUCCAUGAGUCUGAGUCCUGAGGAGGACGACAUCCCGUGGAAGGAUCUGCGUGACAACAGAGACCUCCAUGUUUUCUUCACGUGGGAUCCCAAGGAGAGGGAUGUUUCUGAAGAACAUAAGAAGCUCUCUCUGGAGGAGGAGACCCUUUGGCUGCGCAUCCGUUCCUUGACCCUGAGAUUGGUCAGCGGGCUUCCAACUCUCAGCCACCCCAUGGAGCCGAAAAACUCAGACAAGACAGCAGAGAAUGGCAUCUCCUCGAGGAUUGAUAUUAUCCGUUCACUUCUCCAGCAAUUGGAAGGAGUUCUGGAUGUGGGAAAGCGAUUUGUUGGACGGAAGGUUCAGUAUCCUUUCCUUGGUCCUGUUCCCACCCGGAUGGCCGGCUUCUUCAGCAGUGGCUGCUGUCAGUGCCAGACUAGCUCCUUUUAUCUUGUUAGUGAUAUUUAUGAACUAGAUACCAAUGGCCUAGAGGAUACAGCUGAGAUCCAGGAGAGAAUAGGAAAUAGUUUUGAAUCUUUACUAGAACAAUUAAGGGAAGCCUUCAGUCAUUGCAAAGGGGACAUCUUAGAAGUAGAAGACGGGAACCUGAAGACUCAUCCCAGCAUCUUAGAAAACCUGGUCUUCUUUGUGGAGACCAUUUCCAUUGUCCUCUGGGUGACUAGUUACUGUGACAGCGUCCUGCAGCCAUAUAAAUUAAAUUUACAGAAAAGGAAAAAGAAGAAAAAAGAAACCAACACCCUCAUGCCGCCUGUCUUCUCCAGCUUCCAGCACUACAUGGCCGGCCUCCAGCUGCUCAUCUCCAGUGUCCUGGAGCACCUCAGAGGGCUCGAGGCUCUUCUGGCCGCACUUAAACUUGAAGAAUUGUCCCUAGAAGACCCUGCCCUUUCCCAGGAGGAGAAGAAGUUCACCAAGACCGUGCACGGCAAGGUGCAGAGCAGCUACCAGCACUCACUUCAGGAAAUCGGGGAACUGCUCAAGAAGAGGCUGGAGACGGUGAAGAAGUUCAAAGUGUAAGUGGCGAGGCCCAGACCGCUUGGAAAGACCCCGGCUGAAGCAUCGCCCAGCCACCGCUGACACCGCCGUUGCUGGGCACCAGAACUUCCUCCUAAAAUGCAUGAAGGACUUUGAUCUUGAAUUAAUUUUUUUAGGUAUUAACUAUAUCCAGCUGAUUAAAUUAUUGUACAUAAAGCGGAAGCAAGCCCUCCCCUAGGUUUGACCACUUUUUAUACAUGUUCAUUAUUAAGCAUACGGCAGCAGCCAGAGAAACCCUCCUUUUCUUCCUUUCCAUCUCCAGAAACUUCUGGGGGUUGUUUUUAGAAGCAGCAAUAGCAACUCAGAAAUACAAGCCUCCAGCCCAGAGCAGCCGGACAGCCCUCCCCAGGGAGGGAGAGCGGGGGUCUGGCCUUGAAGCCUGUUGGCCUUGAACUCGUCUCUCUUCCCCCUGGAGCUUCCCAGGGGGCGGGGGCCAAGGAGCCUCCACCCUGGACGUGCAGGUACGUCCCCGGCAUCGGUGCCAGCCGGACGGGCGCAAGAGGGAAAGCCAGCAGCUCAGGCUACCCCAGCCUCUGGCCUCUGCCCCAUGCCCACCUCUGAAAUCUGAAACAGGGAUAGAGAGGCGGAGGAAACCCCUGUCCAGGGGAGAGAGAGGCGUGUGGACCAUCUCCAAGCCCACUCCCGACUAGCCCAGCUUCUCAUCCAUGUGUUUGAGAAUGACAUGACGGGAAUCGCUGUUGGAAAGCCAGAGACACGAUGUGCGUAAUGUACCACUGUCACUGAUUUCUUCAGUCACAUACUACAAUCAGCUCAUGAAUUAAAAACAACCAAAUAGGUGCUUGAAAAUGAAGACCUAGUGCUUGAGGGCCUUUCCUAGUGUCAGCAGGGCAGGGAGGAAAUGGGGAGAGCCCUGGGCAGUGUCCAAGGCUAUCAGGUUGGGCCGGAGUCCCUGGAGCUUCCUGUGUGAUCUGAGGCGGAGGGACCCCCCCAGGGCAGGGGAAGGGCAACCCCUGCCCCCUGGGAGGAGGCAGGGCUCUAAGAAUGCCCCUUUCCCUGCCCGGGCACCACGGGGUGUGGGAGGUUGGCUUCUUCCUUGACCCUCAGACUACGAGCAGAGUAAUAACUGCAUCUUUUUCUCCGAUGAAAUUUGACUUUUUUUUUUAAUUUCUUGGAAAGGUUGAAAAAAAAAUCUUCCUAUGCAAAAACCACUUGCUUUUUUGGUCCUCCUGGCUUCAAGAGACCUUUGAGGCUUUCAGAAAUCUGUGAUUUGGCUUAGAGUAAUUGAUUCUCCUAGUUAAACGUUGGAAGAAAGUUGAAAAGGGUCAUACCCCUCCUCCAGAAAGACUUAGUAGAAAUGCUAGAUCUUUGACAACUAGGACCCUGGAAGAGAGAAGUUUUUGUGGGAAAUGCCAGUGGUCGUCUCCUGGGCCACCAUCAACAAAGGAAGGAUGAAGACUGAAUGGUCAAAGCAUGACUGCGAUUUGGCUACAGUCUCCAGUCUCUUGGGGGGUUGGGGGGCCAAAAUGCAGCCUUUUGAGUCGAGCUUUUGGAGGGGGAGGGGUGGGUGUGGCUAUGGGUGGGCGUGUGUCUGUGUCCAUGCGUGUGCUGAAGUGAUGCUUUCCAUGACCAUCUUGAAAUGUACAGUAUAUAGAAAUACCCUUUGGAAAAUGAUGAGAGAUUGACCUCAGUCCAUUGAGCAUGCACAGGGUUGGGGAAGCUUGGCCUCUUAGGGGCAUCUGGUGAUUCCUACAGCCUCUCCAGCCAAUCUCUGCUUCCUGGUGGCAGUCCCCUCCUCCCCCAUCCCCCCCUCCAAACGGUUCCGUGUCAAAUAAUGUUAUGGGGGGGCAGCAAUUGUUACUUCCUUUGUUUCUUGUUGACUUUUGUAUUAACUGUAGCAUUGAAAUCAAAUUCAACCUCUUACAUCUUGCGAUGUCUUUGUAUAAAAAAAAAAAAAAAACCGAAAAACUAAAUUGUGUGCAGAAAUG